CACACAUACAUACACACACACACACACACACACACACACACACACACAUAUAUAUAUAUAUAUAGUAAUUUACAUUAUGUUCAUCAUUCUCAAUACUAUUACAAAACUUUCCUUAUGUGUAGUCAUUUCUUGUGUAUGGUGGGGAUGCGCGAUUUAUCUACUCGCGCUUGUUUAAAAGCUUCAAUUGGCGCGCAUACGGCACGCGUAACUCCAAAGUUUAUAUUUUACGUACUCGUUAAGCAAAAGUCUGUUUAUAAAACAAUUAACUUCUUUUCAUAUUAUUAAAAUGAAUUCUUUAUUAUUUUUCACUUUUUUAAUUGUUUUAAAAUUAAAUUUAACUUUAGGUAACUUCAUUUCACAUAUCAUUAUUUUUUUAUAUCCUAUUAUUCAUAGAGUUGACGAGUAUUACGGACUGUUAGUUGCAUCAUCAUGCUAAAGCAAUUUUUGAAAUUAUAAAAUAAUCUCCUGUUUCAAGUGGCGAUGUUAAAGAAAACGAAGCGUCACAUAAUUACAAAAUUAACGAAGAUACUUUGCGUCUUGUUAUAGCGAUUAUGCGUCAUGGAGAACGAGCUCCCCAAGAUACUUAUCCAAAUGAUCCUUAUGUUAAGGAUACCAUGAAACCAUAUGGUUGGGGCCAAUUAACAAAUGUAGGUCGAGUUAAUCAAUAUAAUCAAGGAAUUUUUUUAAGACAACGUUAUAAUGAAUUUUUGGGUCAGACUUAUAGUCCUGAUAUAUUUUAUUUGCAAUGUACUUCUGUCGAUCGUACUAAAAUGUCAGCUAUGUUAGAAGCAGCUGGCCUAUGGAAACCGACUAAAGAGCAAUCAUUCAAAGCUGAUUUUCCUUGGCAACCUGUUACAUUAUUUUAUCAAAGACGCUCGGAAGAUACUCUUAUGUUAAUAUGGGAUACGUGCCCUAAAUAUGCUCAAGCGCGUAAUACUAUAUUACAAUUACCAGAAGUUCAAAAUGUGCAGAAUGAAAAUAAACAACUUUAUGAAGAAUUAACAAAUUUAACUGGCAUGACUAUUGAAUCUCCUGAAGAUGUUAGUUCAUUGUACAGCACAUUAAAAGCAGAGGAAACAAUGAAAUUGACUUUACCUGACUGGACUAAGAAAUAUUACCCUGAUAAAUUAAUACCCUUAACAUUGUAUGAUCUUAAACUUAACACAUAUAACGAUAUGCUUAAGCGGCUUAAAGGCGGCCCAUUGCUUAAAAAGAUCGUUUAUGAUAUGAUAGCCAAAAAAAAAGGAACUUUACAUCCUGAAACAAGAAAGAUGUUUAUGUACGUAGGGCAUGAUAGUACUGUGGUAACUUUGCUUGAUGUAUUACACAUUUGGAAUGAUCAAAUGCCAGAAUAUAAUAUUAUGACUCUGAUAGAGCUUCAUGAAGAUGCCUAUGGUUGGAAUGUUCAGGUAUUUUUAAGAAAUACAACUACCCAUGAACCAUACCCAAUGACUAUACCUGGAUGUGCCACGAUUUGUCCAAUAGAUAAAUUUAUAAAAAUCUUAGAACCAAUGAUCCCUAAUAAUUGGAAGGAUGAAUGUAAAAUUGAAGGAGAAUAUAUUUUACCACCAGCACCGGUGCCAUAAUUAUAAAAGAAUAGAUCUAUGACGUUAAUAAUAUAAUUAUAGAAAUGAAUUUAUCUCUAAUAAUUUUUAAGCAGAAAAAUUUAGUAUUAUUUAUAAAUAUAAAAAUAUUUUAUACCUUAACUAGACAAUGCAUUAUUUAUCGUUAAUAUACAGGCUGUGAUUAUAAAUGGAUUAAAUUUGAUAAACUCUUUUAGAA